CUACGCGCCUGGCUGUCCCCUUCGCAAGGCAAGAUCGAGCAGGAUCAGUCGAGCCAAGCAGCAGCAGCAGCAAGCCUCUUGCAGAGUGUUGAGCAGAGCAGCAGCUCCCUGCGCGCAUGGGAUCCUUGGGCCCUACCGUGACCGUGAGCAUGGCCAAGCCCAACGCCGCGGCGGCCGGCGGCGGCCAGCAGCCGGCUGAGAGGAAGGAGGGCGGCGGCAGGUGCGGCGUGCUCGGCGGCGGCGGCUGCGGCUUCCGGAUGCCGCUGCACUACCCGCGGUACAAGAAGGAGGACUACGAGGCCAUGCCGGAGUGGCGCGUCGACUGCCUGCUCCGCGAGUACGGCCUCCCCGCCGACGGCGACCUCGACAGCAAGCGCCGCUUCGCCAUGGGCGCCUUCCUCUGGCCCGACCAGUACUGAACCGUUGGAGGAAGCUCGCCGCCGCCGGCCGUGGUCCCACCAUGUUCCGACGAUGAGCUGCAGCUGCACGCAGCUUCAGUGAUUACAUAUAGCGAUAGCAACCUGAUUGUCUCGUCACUUCGUGAGUCAUCACACUCACUAUUUAGUAGAAAGAGAUCCUCUUAACCUAUCAUCAUCUGCUUGUGAUGGCCGGACAUGACACAGAGGCGGUGAAUGCAUAUGUUUCUUGCGCCCUGUAUAGCUAUGGCGGAAUAAUAAGAUGUGUUCAUUCUAUCAGAUA